GGAGUGUGGGGGGAGACAGGAGCCGAGGCGGAAGUCGAGGGGCCCCCGGGUGGAAGUGACGCUACCCCCGCUGCCCAAAAUGUCGGCGCCCAGAGGGAGGUGUAAGUAAUUAAAGAGAAAAGCCGACUGACUUUCCCGGCUUCCUGGGGCCGCCCCAGGGCUUCAGAACCCCCGCUCCGAACGAGCGAGGUGGACUCGCCCGGCUGCGGGUCCCGCUUGACCUGCUUCUGCCCCGGGCGCCCCGGGCCGCACCUUUUAGGGACAGGGGGGAGGGGCACAAAAGGCCGGUACUCGGGGCCUCGGUCCCAGAGCCGACUGGGGAGGUGGGGGGGGCAGCCCUGCAGGCAACUGGGUGGGAAGGAGGCGGGGCUUCGUGGUGGCAGAGGCGGAGCAAUCGCAGGGAGGAGCUUCCCGUGUGGGCGUGGCUUAGAAUGGAAAUGGGCUGGGCUUGAAGGAUGGAAGGGACUUACCGGGGGCUGAGUGGGGAAAUGGGGUUCAGGGCGAAGGUGGGCGCAGCUUGGAGUAGAAGGGGAGUAGUUGGUCUGGAAGUAGGCACGGUGAGGUGAUGGGAUUGAGGUGUGCAACUUGGCUAGUCUUAGUGGAAAUAAUAAGUCUUCAUAACGUAAGUGCAGUGACUUCCAGGGGUAGGGAGGGGCUCCCAGGGGAAGGCUGAGAACGGGAGAUUGAGGGCAGGGUCUUGCAAAGAACGGGGCUUCCCUCCAGCUAGGUUUCAAGGAAAAACUGAGUGGUGUUUUGGAGGCAGACCUUAGGACUUAGGGAACUCAGAGGAGCCUAGCGGAUAGUAGCAGUCAGAACAGCUUACCUGUUGAGCCCUGGCUGUGGCCCAGUUUUGCGUAAUCCUCACCUCCACUCCAUGAGAGAGCCUCCAUUUGCUACUGCCUUCGCACCACGCCAUCAUGGAUGAUGCCCCGCUGCCAGUGCCCCCGGUCCCUGCCCCUGCCCCGGCCCCAGCACCUCCCGCUGCUGCUCCCCGGGUCCCAUUUCACUGCAGUGAAUGCGGCAAGAGCUUCCGCUACCGCUCAGACCUUCGGCGCCACUUCGCCCGGCACACUGCACUCAAACCCCAUGCGUGUCCACGCUGUGGCAAGGGCUUCAAACACAGCUUCAACCUGGCCAACCACCUGCGUUCACACACCGGCGAGCGGCCCUACCGCUGCUCUGCCUGCCCUAAAGGGUUCCGAGACUCCACCGGCCUGCUGCACCACCAGGUCGUCCACACUGGUGAGAAGCCCUACUGCUGCCUGGUCUGUGAGCUCCGCUUCUCCUCGCGCUCCAGCCUGGGCCGCCACCUCAAGCGCCAGCACCGUGGGGUGCUCCCGUCCCCACUGCAACCCGGCCCAGGCCUGCCGGCCCUGAGCGCACCCUGCUCCGUCUGCUGCAAUGUGGGGCCCUGCUCAGUGUGCGGGGGGGCAGGGGCCGGUGGCGGAGAGGGCCCAGAGGGGGCCGGGGCAGGCCCGGGCAGCUGGGGGCUGGCAGAGGCGGCCGCCGCCGCCGCCGCCUCGCUGCCCCCUUUUGCGUGCGGAGCCUGCGCACGGCGCUUUGACCACGGCCGUGAGCUGGCGGCCCACUGGGCUGCGCACACAGAUGUGAAGCCCUUCAAGUGCCCGCGCUGCGAGCGCGACUUCAACGCCCCCGCGCUGCUGGAGCGGCACAAGCUGACGCACGACCUGCAGGGCCCGGGCGCGCCCCCGGUGCAGGCCUGGGCCCCGGGGGCCAGCGCUGGGCCCGACCCAGCCGGCGACAGCGGCGGCACUGCGGAAGUGGGCAACUCCCAAGCGGCCUGGGACGGCGGGCUGCUCCUGGGCCACGCUGGGGGCAGCGUGCCCGAGCUCGCGGGGCUGCUCCCCGAAGGCGGCGGGGAGGCCCCUGCCCCGGUGGCCGCGGCCGAGGCGUCGGAAGACACCCUGUACCAGUGCGACUGCGGGACCUUCUUCGCAUCAGCCGCAGCGCUGGCCAGCCACCUGGAGGCCCACUCGGGCCCCGCCACGUACGGCUGCGGCCACUGCGGGGCCCUGUACGCGGCGCUGGCUGCCCUGGAGGAGCACCGGCGGGCCAGCCACGGCGAGGGCGGCGGAGCGGAGGCGGCCCCUGUGGCCCCGGAGGGGGAGCCCGCGUCUGGCGAGGCCGCGUCCGGCUCCGGCCGGGGCAAGAAGAUCUUCGGCUGCUCCGAGUGCGAGAAGCUGUUCCGCUCGCCGCGUGACCUGGAGCGCCACGUGCUGGUGCACACGGGCGAGAAGCCGUUCCCGUGCCUCGAGUGCGGCAAGUUCUUCCGCCACGAGUGCUACCUCAAGCGCCACCGGCUGCUGCAUGGCACCGAGAGGCCCUUCCCCUGCCACAUUUGUGGCAAGGGCUUCAUCACGCUCAGCAACCUCUCACGGCACCUGAAGCUGCACCGGGGCAUGGACUGACGCCACCAGGCUGCGCCUGUGCCCCACCGCCCCUCCCCAGGGGCUGCACUCAGGGCCCGCGGCCAGAUCCCCGGGCCCUGCCGUCAGGGGACCCCGGCGGGAGAUAGCGGGCCACCAGACACCCACACAGGCCCCUGAGCUGGGGGCAGCAAAUAAAUGGAAGGACUCCUCAGCUCCGGGGUCCAGGAUCUAGGAAGAGACUCUUGAGCACCCCCAAAUCAACAAGCCUCCCCAAGCUGUGGGGACCUAGCAAUGAGAAAUGGGUCUCUACAAGUACUUCUCAUCUUGAAGACCCUAGUAAUAAAAGAUGGGCAUCCUUCCCCCAAAGGAAGACUGCCCCUCUCCCCAAGAGCCAUCAUUUCCAAUGACCUUGAUCUGGAGAAUGUGGGGGACCAUGUCCCCGAACUUCCCUGGAUCCCCCUGAAUGCUACCCACCAGUCACUGGUGCCCCCCCGAAAAUGGAUAUAGCCGGAAUCUGCCUUCCCCCCGACCCCAUUUCAUUCCUUAUGCUGAAAGAGGACCAGGGUAGAUGCCCUCUGCCCUCAACCCCCCUCCCCAAUUAGGUCUCCCCUACUGCAGAAUGGAUCCAUCCUAAUGAUCUUCCCCAUCCCAAACACUAGAAUAGGCUGGUUUGAAAUCCCUCCUGCCCAGUAGAAUGAACUGAAUCAGAUACACACCCCUGUCCACUGGAAUGGGCUGGUCCAGAUUGUGGCCUGUACCCACCCUCCUUAGGCGAAUACAGCAGACACUCCCUUCCUCUAGAGUGUGGGCCAGUCCACAUCAUUCCCCAUCCUGUGAACUCAUCUGAAUGGGAGGUGGUGGACAUUGGGGUUUUCCUCCCACUCUGCUGUAGCACCUGUCUUUCCAUCUCUGUUGGUUUGUCUGUCUCUGUGUUCCUCUCAACCCCAAGGGGAAGGGGGUUUGGCCCGGGGCUUCCCCCCGUGAGCCCCGACCUUGCCCCUCAUCCCACUCCCUAAUGUCUCCAGGACCCCAAUAAACCUUGUCCUGUCAGUCACUGCUGUCUCAUUUUCUGAUCCUUGGCUCCAGAGAGGUAGGGUAUUUCUCCCUCCCUGAUUUAGGAUGAGCUCCCUAAAUAGAAGCUCCCGCCUGGCAAAUCUUUCCUCCCUCCUGGCGAAUGUUGAGUCCCUUAGAUAGUACACGACCAUUAAAAUAAAGAAUGGCUUAAGUUUCAUCUCAGUGGAACCCUGUCCCUUAAACACAAGAUCCACCUCCAAUGGACUGUAUGUGCCCCAUAGAACCAGACAUGCCCUUUAUACACCAUCAAUCCCAUAAGACAUGCCCCCUACAAACAAAACCGUCUCCUUAAAGAAAAGUUCUAGCUCUAAGAAGAGACCCUGUAUCUUAGACUCUGCCUCCAGGUGACCAGAUGUAUACGUUAGACACUGUAUCCAACCCCAAGGAUAGGAUUCACCCGUCAGGGAAGGAGUCAGCCAUUCCUCUUUUCUCUUAGGCACUAGAUUACAUUCCUGUCCUGAGUGCUACUCUGUGCCAGGCAUUGUAUGCCUCUCUGGGGAUCCAACAGUGAAGGAAAAAAGAACUCCUCGUGGGGCUUAUCUUUUAGUGUUUGAGCAGUGGGGUGGACGAAAGUAAAGAAAUGGAAGUAAUUUCAGGUGGUUCUGAGCAUGCUGAAGGAGGGGAGGAAAGGUGUUAAGAACGUGAGUGACCCCGUGACAAUGCCUUCUCAGUGCAGGUGUCCCGUGGACGUCUCUACAGAGGUGGCAUUCAAUUUGAAACCCAAAGGGUGAUGAGAGGUCAGCGAGCCGGGUGGGCACGGAGGAGAGAGGGAUGAAGGGAUGUCAAGGGGUCAGGCCCCACAGAGCCUGGUGGGCCAAGACAGGCGUUUGUGCUCUCCAGGUAAUUGCACGCCAAGAUUUUAACGUGGAGGGAUGUGGCCACUCUUGCACUUCACAAAGUUCCCUCUGGCUGCUAAGUGGAGAAGGAAUUGCAGUCCAGCAGGAGAGAUGCGUAGGAGCCUAAACCAGAAUGGUGAAGAGAAAGGGGUGGAUUCAAGAUGAAUUCUGUAGGUAGAGAGAGAGAGAGAGAGAGAGAGAGAGAGAGAGAGAGAGAGAGAGUGUGUGUGUGUGUGUGUGUGUGUGUGUGUGUGUGUGUUUAAUUGAAAGGGAGGAAUCAGGAGGGACUGGUUGGGUGGUGGCAGUUUGUGUUAAGGCCAGAAAAGGGGAAGAAUGAGUUUGGGUAUGGGUUUAGGGGGAUCAAGAAUUCCAUUUUGAGCUUCUUAAAUUUAAGACACCUGGGAGAUUGGCAUGCACUGAUAAGGCUGAAGAUGUGUGUAUCCUGUGAUACAGUGAUCCCACUGCUAGGCACGAACCCUAGAGAAACCCUUUCACCUGCACCAGGAGACACAUUUAAACAUUCCCAGCAGCAAUCUGUACAGCCUCAAACUCUGAACAACUGAUAUGUCAUUGCUAUGGUCUGAAUGUUCUCCCAUCAAAAUCUCUAUGUUGAAAUCCUAAAGCCCAAUGUGACGGUAUGUGGAGAUGGAGCUUUUGGGAGGUGCUUAAGUCAUGAGGGUGGAGUCUUCAUGCAAGGGACCAGUGCCCUCAUUUAAAAGCCUCCAGAGAGAUCCCCAGCUCCUCCUACCCUGUGAGGACACAGCAAGAAGCACUGGCCAUAAGCCCAAAAGAGGGCCUCCCCAAGAAGACAAGCAUGCCGGUGCCUUGAUCUUGGACUUCCAGCCUCCAGAGAACUGUGAGCAAUAAAUUUCUGUCG